AUGGGGUGUACACCAUCUCAAAGCGGGAUAAUCCAGCACAUCACCAGAACUACCUUGAAGCCGCUGAAGAAAACUAAAUCUUUGAUGCCCCCGGAGGAGAUUCCCAGUGAGAAUUUUACCCGAUCACUCGAGGAAGGUUCCAGUAACUGUACCUCAGACAGUGAGUCCAACCUCGGGGAAGAAGAGAUCUGUCACAAAGUGGGCCUGAGAGGGAAGAGAGAGGGAGACUCCAAGUCACUGGGCUGCUCAGAUCCGUCUCCUCGGCAGGGAUCAGCCGGGCAGCUGGAACUCAACAACCAAGGCAAGAAGGCAGAGAAGCUGGCCGCUGAGACAGAGGUAGCUAAAUCUGAGCAGAUCAUUUUGGAAAAGUAUGUAACUUCGAAGAGAGGGGUUGUUGAAGCGCAUUCCUCGAGGCUGGCAGAGGAGAUCCAGCAGAACCGUGAAGGGAAGCCAGUCCCACAACAGCACAAGAAAACCAAGAAGCCAAAGGGGCUUCAGUCAGUCAAGCAGACCAAGAACAUCAAGACCAGAGCCAAGAGCGAAGACAAGGUUGAGUUCCCUGAUGUGUUGGUUCAAAGCCACCAGGCGGCCUAUGCUUUUCUCAACCCGAGUCUCUCCAAGUAUGAAACCAUCUUGACCUUAACCGAGCAAGCCACCCAGACCCAACUCAUCCUCCAGCAGAUGGUCAGCUUCUUGGCGUUUCGUUUUGAAGAGGUCAACCAAGCCCUGGAGGAAAUAGUCAUAGGCGGCGAGAAGCUGGUCAAGAGGGUUGGGGACAAUCUGACCUGGCCAACCGAGCAAGGGGUUCUGAAGGAUCAGCCCGACCUACUGCAGCAGCUCUUGCAGUACACGGUCAACAAGAUGCAGGCGGUGAACGGGACGGUGGCUCUGGUGACUGGUGGGGCCCUGCAAGAGACUUGUGGUUAUCUGCAGUCGGCCACGGAUAUUUUCCAAGAGAAGCUGAAGACAAAACAGCAGAUGGACGACCGGCUCCAGAGGCUGAUCGCUCACUUGGAGGCACGAGCCACACAGCGCUCUCACAGUGCCCCAGACAUGACCCUUUACUCCGAGGACAGCGGCAUUGGUGCUGACAACGAUUCCCUCAAGGAAUAUUGCAUACUGGACAAGUACGGGAGGCGGGUGAGUUGUGACGUCAACGCGUACCCUUUGUGCACCCAUUCCCAUCAGAGUGGCUGCCCAACACAGUCGUGUGUUUCCAAUGCACCGACCUGCUCCUCAAAGUCCCACGACUGUGCCGUUGAACGGCGAUUCAAAGACAUAUUCUAUGCCUCAAAUGCACCUCGAUCUUCGCUGAUGAAGAUGGGCAACUCAUUUGACUCCAACGCAACUACGGAUGCUGAGAGCCUAAAAGGCGCAGAAUCGAUGGACCUUGGCUCGUUGGACGAAGAGGACACCAAUGAGAGCGACACGGAGACAAUUGCCGAUGGGACGGUGCCUCGAAGGCCAAGUUCAACCCCAAUAGAAAUUGGGUCCCUGAGGUCUGGCCCGAAGAGAAUCGAUAACCCAGAGAACGAAGAGAUGACUAUCAAGCUUAAAGAUGCUAUCAGUGGCAGGAUCCAGUUUGUCCCAAUCGCUUCCGGGACCAACACAUGGUCCGAUGAAGAGAGCAAACCCUAUCCCGUGAGACCCAGCACCGCAAAUAUCUGUAAAACUACCAUCGCCAAACAGAAGAGGUCCAGGUCGGCUGAGUCACUGAGAAGUAAAGCCGAGGAUCCAACCCUCUUGGAGCUUCAAAGAACCCAGAAGAAUCUCAGCAAACGUCUGGACAAGAUGUUCCAAGCGAAAGAGAAUAACAAAGCGAUACCCGAGAAGAAGAAGGCCACACGGCCCAGGAUUGCAGCCAACACGCAGAGCACAGAUCAGGCCACUCCCAACAGCAAGCUCAAAGCAUCCCUCAAUAAAAACUUUAGCAUUCUGCCCAACCCAGACCGGGUGCUGCUUAAGAAGAACGACCAGGGGAAUGGCAGGCAACAGGAAGACAGGAAAAGUCGCAAGAGCCCCGUCAAGGCAGUGCCCGCGAAACACAACUCAGCCAAUGCCAAGGAAAGCCAGACGCCCAAGACCAGUGGGGGGAAAACUGCCAAGAACCCCCACCACAAAUCAGUCAAGAAACUGAUCGAUACUUUCAGCCAAGGGAACGACAACGACAAAUCUGAGAAUCCAAAGGCUCCAGUUGGAAUGAAACGGGCAAAACAGUUGGGGGUUCUUAUCCUUCCCCAUGUUGCUAUGGGAUCCAGAGACCGAGUAUCUCAGAGGCACGUGUUUCCUGCCAUUGAAGAUCUCAGCGAUCAGCAGGAACCAGUUUCAUCCAGCGAGACACUUCUUCCUCCUGUGCCAACCAGUGAGUGUCAAGAGGGCUUUGCACAGGACGAAGAGGAGAUGGAGAGCUUCCCACCACCGCCGUCCAAUGUUUCGUUGGAGAGCCUGUCGGAUGUACCAAGGGCUUCAGGGAUCACAGCAGCCACACCGACAAACCCCUCAGAAACAGCAGACAAGCGAGCUGCAAAGGUCAAUUUUAUUGUUCCCAAAAAGACGUUAGUGGCGCAGAAGCUGAGGGCGUCGCUGAACUCAGUGGACGUUCUGCCAAGUAGAAACAGGCGCGUUGGGGCCUUCAGGAUGCAGAAAAGACCAGAGCAAGAGAUGUCUCUCAGCAACUCAUCCUUGGACAUGAGCCAACAGGAACACAUGGAGACACAGCGCAGACUGUGCGGGAGGAGCAGUCACUACCCCCAAUCCUACAAGAUCAUAAACCUAAAAAACACAACGGCUUCAAGCUCAAUGGAAGAUUUGGAAUCUGAAACGAUACAGUUUCCAGAUGCGCAGACAAGUCAAGUCCAAGAUAAAAGGGAAAGUGAGCGAGACUAUGGGGGAGAAAUGCUGCUGAAAGAGACCAACGGGUUCUUAUCACCUACAGAGAGCCAAUUGCAGAACUCUUGUGACUCCAUGGCAAAUGCCAGCACUGGCAAUGGUCAAAGGGAUUCUGCGUACAGAUGCACAGCUCUCUCACCCCCUAUAGACAAACAAAUCCAAUUCUCUUCCAUUUCAGACAUGAGAGGUGAUGACACCCCUAUCAUUGUCCGGAGAUCGACUCCAAGCAGAUAUAGAAGCCCAUCCCCGCCUCCCGAGAGGAAGCUUCCAAGCCCCCCGUUACAGCCCAGGAAUCUUUUCCAGACCAUGAGAUGUACAUUUCCCUCACCCCCUACAGAGAGGAAGCUCCAGAGCCCACCUACACAACCCAGGCGCCCUUUUCAAGCACUUACUUACAUUCCAUCUUCACCUCCAUCAGAGAAUAGACUGACCAGCCCACCCGUGCAGCCCAAGUAUCUCUUUCUGUCCAUGAGUAACAAGCAGGCUAGCCCGCCCACCCUCCGUAGGCAGAUGAGCCCUCCGGUCAGUGCAAAGAUGCCAAGCCCUCCUACCCAGAAGAAACAAGCCAGCCCACCAACCCAAAGCAAGAUCCCCAGCCCACCUUCGCAGCGGAAGCAGACGAACCUCCUUUCACACAGUAAGUUCCCAAGCCCGACGACUGGCCGGAGAGAGGUGGGCCCAGGUCCGUAUCCCACCAGCAGCUCUCCCCCCAUUUCACCCAGGAUGCUGCAUAGAGGAUUCCGACACAGCUUAAACGUCGGCGAGGAGCCUCAGGCCUCCAUGCGAAUUGCAUCCAAUGUUUCAUCCAUCUUUUGCCCAUCAUCAGAUUCCAUGUUCGAGGCCAAAUCAUCUUCUCCACCCACCUGCUUUGAUCCAGUGAAUGCUACAGGUCACUCCCAAGUCUGUAUUCUAGGGGACGGUAGCCCUAUGACCUCCAGGUCAGUGUGGAGGAACAGCUUCAUGUUCAGGCAGUAUGGAGACCAGCAGAGAAGGUCCACAUUGAGUGGUGUCUACCCUCAGCCUUUUGUUAAAAGAAACUUUGCUUCAGAUUGCAGGGCUGCAUUUCCGCUUCAACUCCCGGUCUCAAUCUCGGCUUCUGCUGGGAGUGAGCCAACACUUUGCAGAACUGGCUUUGACGAGAAUUCAUCAAAUGAAGGCGAUGUUUGGAAGAGUCAAUACACUUCUGAUUUGAGAGGGUCGAACAGAUCAACCUCCCACCCUGAACUCUGUGUUGUUGGUCAGGGGCUGCAGAAAGACUGA